GCUCUCAAACUCAUCCUAGACUGCCCACAAAAACCAAAGGUACAGAGACUCGGCUCGGCGGCAUAUGAGAGAGUAGUAGAGAGAGAGAGAGAGAGAGAGAGAGAGCGAGUGGCAGUGUCGAAUCAGUAGAGGCAUCACACGAUGAACGCGGACCUGUAACUCCAGGCUUCACGCCCUCGGUGUGUCCAUAUUUACAUACACAGAGAACCAGAGAGAGAGAGAGAGAGAUGGGUUCGUCUCCAGAGACUGAAAAUCCAUCACCAAACAUAUUUAUACCGGAGGAGUGGUCUGAAGCUGCGGAUUCCAUAGCUUACGACUCUGUUACUUCCCCUCCUCCCAUCUCCUUCAUCUGCGGCCCCAAAAACAGUGGCAAAACCACCUUCUCUCGCCACCUCCUCAACAUCCUCCUUCAGAGAUACAGAAAAGUAGCGUAUUUGGACACAGAUGUUGGGCAGACGGAGUUCACUCCUCCUGGAUGUUUAUCACUCACUGUAAUUGACAAGAUAACUCCAGAUUUGACAAUUCCAUGCAUGAAAACACCUGAGAGAUGUUUUUUCUAUGGCGAUAUUUCUUCAAAAAGAGAUCCAACAGCUUACUUGGCACAUAUCUUUGCCCUAUAUGAUUACUAUCGGAAAAUGUACUGCAUGUCCAACAACAGUGAAAGCCCUGGUAACACUGGAUUGCCUCUUGUAGUUAAUACUCCUGGUUGGGUAAAAGGUAUUGGUUAUGAUGUACUGGUGGAUAUGCUGAAAUAUAUUUCUCCCACCCAUGUAGUUAAGAUUUGCAUCUCUGCUGUGAGUAAGAACCUACCGGCUGGGGCAUUCUGGUUAGAUGAGGGACAUGAUGAUGAUGCAACAUUGACCCUAAUUGAGGUCAAUUCAGCUCGUCAGGAUUCCUUAAAGAGAUCGGUACUAGUUCAAAGAGAUGCACGUCUUCUACGGGAUUUACGGAUCAUGGCUUAUUUCAGACAGUGUUUACCAAGUGACUUGAAUAUCACCACAAUCAAGGAACUUGCUCAUGCAUUGGCCGCGCACCCUCCUUAUGAAAUUUCUAUAUCAAGUGUCAAGAUUAAACAUCUCCAUUGUCAGGUUCCAAGUACUGAGAUUUUCUACAGUUUGAAUGCAACUAUUGUUGGCUUGGCAGUUAGUUCUGAAGAUUCUGAGCAGUUGGCUCAUUGUGUUGGUCUGGGAUUGGUGAGAGGCAUUGACACAUUCAGACAGUUACUCUAUGUAAUUACCCCUGUUCCACAGAACACUCUGGAGAAGGUUGAUCUUUUAUUGCAGGGGUUUAUCCAAAUUCCUACUUGUUUGUUGCAGGUACAGGGAUGCAUUUCACCCUACAUGUCUACAAAUGUUUUGCCUACAAACUAAAAGAACUGUGGUCGCUGUUAGCGUGAGAAUUUUGUCAUACGACUCCUAUAUACUGCUGGUCACCCAGUGAAGUAGUUUCUAAAGCUUGCAUGGGAUGGGCCAUUGUUGUUUCUCCAGCCAUAUUUUGUUUUAUUUUUUACUUUUUUUAAUUAUAUAUAUAUAUUAAAUGGAGUACAUGCCCCCAAACUAUAUUUGUAGAAGGUUGCAGUGGCAACCACAACCUCCCUUCACUUAUAGGCCUUAUAAUCUGUUAGAUAUGCAUUUUAUACUGUGUGGCAUUGUUCUUAAAAUCACAGGAUGUUCAUUUAAAGUGGAAGUUGGGUUCCAGGGGUUAAUACAAACAACUCCAUAAUUGACUGGGUUUUAACUAUAA